GCCCCGCCCCUGCGAGGAGUGCCCACCGGUGCCCGUUGUCGGCCUGGGUCUCCCGGGGCCUCGCCGGAGCGAUGCCUCGCUAUUGCGCCGCAAUUUGCUGUAAGAACCGCCGGGGACGGAACAGUAAAGACCGGAAGCUGAGCUUUUACCCGUUUCCUCUACAUGACAAAGAAAGACUUGAAAAAUGGUUGAAGAAUAUGAAACGAGAUUCAUGGAUGCCCAGUAAAUACCAGUUCCUGUGCAGUGACCAUUUUACACCUGACUCUCUUGACAUCAGAUGGGGAAUUCGAUAUUUGAAACAAACCGCAGUUCCAACAAUAUUUUCUUUGCCUGAGGACAAUCAGGAAAACGACCCUUCCAAAAAAAACUGUCAGAAGAAAAAAACAGAUGAUGAGAAAGAGGUGUGCCUGAAAGCCAAGUCACAAGAAUCAUUUGCAUCAAGAGAGCCAAAGAAAAAUAUGGUUACUACAGAUGUCCCUGAACACGCAGAAUUUCUCCAUUCAUCUGCACUGGUGAAGCCACCAGCUCCAAAACCAGGAAGCAUGCACAAUAACAUACUAACUCUUAAUCUAGUUAAACAUGAUACUGGAAAAACAGAAUCUACCUUGGAAACAUCAAUUAACCAAGACAUGGGUGGUUUUCACACAUCUUUUGAGAAUCUAAAUUCUACAACUAUUACGUUGGUGACUUCAAAUUCAGAAGGCUUUCCGCAGUCUUUGGAAACCCAGGAAGUUCUUGAAAUAACUACCAAUCAUCUUGCUAAUCCAAACAUGACAAAUAAUUGCAUGGAAGUUAAGUCAGCACAGGAAAAUUCAUUUGUACUCAGCACAAUUACUCAAACAGUUGAAGAAUUAAACACAAAUAAAGAGUCUGUUAUUGCCAUUUUUGUACCCACAGAGAAUUCCAAACCUACAAUUAAUUCUUUUAUACCUACCCAAAAAGAAACCGUGGAAAUGGAAGACAUAGACAUUGAAGACUCCUUGUAUAAGGAUGUAGACUAUGAGACAGAAGUCUUACAAAUUGAACAUUCUUACUGUAGAAAGGAUAUAAAUAAGGAGCAUCUUUGGCAGAAAGUCUCUAAACUACAUUCAAAGAUAACUCUUCUUGAGCUACAAGAGCAACAGACUCUAGGGAGACUGAAGUCUUUGGAAGCUCUCAUAAGGCAGCUAAAACAGGAGAACUGGUUAUCUGAAGAAAAUGUCAAGAUUAUAGAAAAUCAUUUCACAACGUACGAAGUUACUAUGAUAUAAAGAGGCCUCAAAGCUUUGACUUCUGUGUAAACAUUUUGCAGCCAAACCAAAUUACAUGUACAGUGAACAUUUUCCUGCAUAAACUCAUCUUAAUGAA